AUGGAGCAGUCUCGCAACAGGACAUCCUCGGGCGGCGCCUUCGGGCAGUCCACGCGGCGCGCCGGAUCCACCAUGCCGCUACCGCCUCCCGCGAGUGCCAAGAGCAUGUCCGGGACCAAGCAGAUGUCCGCGUCCGCGGGCGCGGCGGGGAGCAUGGGCACCUCCAAGCCCCUCAGCUCGAAGAACUGGACGUACCGCCCGGUGGUGACCAAGCGUGACUCGUUGCCCACUACGCAGCUUCCGGAUGAGCCCGGAGAUCUACCUCCAAUGUGGUCCACGAGCAAGUGGGGCGAUGUCAGGCGCUCGAGGACCGCGGACGUCUCAACUGGCAAGCGGGCGCGGGUCAAAUCAGGCCCGGGCGGCAGCGGCCCUUCCGACAUCUUGAUCCAGGUCGCCGGCAAGGAGGACGAGCUCAAGAAGAAGCUCGCCGCGUACGCCUCAUUCAACCAGACGGAACGCGACUUGCUCCAAUCCGCGUUCGGAUCCGUGUCCAGGGAGCGCGGCGGCGUGGAGGGCCUGUGCACGCGAGCCGAGUUCAUGGAAGUCUUCUCCAGAUUGGGCGUUCGGAUGAGCCCCGCGAUUGUCGACGCCAUGUUCGGCAAGUACGGAGAGGACAGGACGGGGCGCAUGCCCGUGGACCUCUUCGUCACGGCGGUGCUAUCCAGCGGUAACAGGAUCAUCGCCAUGGAGGAGCGUCGGGUCGGCGCGUACAAGGCGGGCGAUAAGGCUGGGUACGCUUUCGCCGGAAGGAUCAAGUACUGGCCGUGCCGCAAGGGCGUGUACGCCCCGUCCAACUGGGACCCGGCGCUCACGGCGAGGUCCGCGCGCGCCCCCAAGGCGGGCCUGUCCCUCGAGUACGUCUACGGGUACGGAGGAUUGAAGAACACCGCGAACAACCUGUUCUACAACAAGGCGGAGCACGCGGUGUAUUACACCGCCGCAGUCGGCGUGGUCUACGACAGGCACAACCAUAAGCAGCACUUCUUCCACGGGCACGACGACGACAUCAAGUGCCUGGCGAUGCACCCGGACACGUGCCUCGUGGCUACCGGCCAGGUUGCGAGCACCGCCGGCCCUCCCAUCGUGUGCGUGUGGGACAGCAGGGUGCACCCGAAGACGGGGGAGUUGAGGGGCCUCGUCGCGCAGCUUCCGUUUGAGGGGUACCCUUCGAUCGUGGCCCUCCAGUUCUCGCCCGACGGCGACAGGCUCGUCGUCAUCACCGGCGAUAUCGACCACACCGUGCACGUGUUCGACUGGAAGACGGCGGACGAGGCGCUCGGCGCGAUCGGAGGCCCCGGCACCGUCACCACCGGCGAGGGCGGCCCCGACGAGCCGCCGACGCCCGGGCUCAUCACCGUCGGCAAGGGCGGCAAGGGCGACAGCUUCCCGCACGUGUAUGGCGCGUCGUGGAACCCGUUCGGCAAGGUGGAUGGCGGUGGAGACGAGGAGGACGCGACGAUCAAGCACAAAUGGUCGGAGUUUGUCACGUACGGCGCUAGACACGUCAAGUACUGGCGGCUGUUUCACCGGGACGACGGGACUCCGUAUUACGGGAAGAAAGGGAGCCCGGGCCUACCCGAGAACUCCAGGUUCUCGCCGGUAACCUCGCCCAUCGACGUCAUGUCCAUCUGCUGGAUGCCCCCGCGGGGUAACGAGAUCGUCCCCGGCGGCGGAUCAGCGCUCGUCGCGGGCACGAGGGACGGGGACGUUUUACUCUUUGUCACCGACCCGACCAAGGGGCUCUUCUGCACCCGCAAGCUCAAGGCGCACAACCCGGGACCGAAGAUCCCCGAGCUCUCCGGCGGGGGCGUGACGCUGAACGGCGUGCGAUGCCUCGCGUUGAGGGACGACGGCGAGACGCUGGUGAGCGCGGGCGGCGACGGCGCGGUGAUGUGGUGGACCACGGCGCAGCUCACAGCGGCGGCGCGUUCAAAAUCGGUCCCGUGUGAGCCCCACACGACGAGGGUGCUAAACGCCGACGACAGCAACCGACCUCCCGCGAUUCGCUCUCUGGACUGCCACCUGUACUCGUCCGACGUCAUGGUGGGUACGUACAGGUGCGACAUUUGGGAGAUUGACGACCAGGAUGGACCGCACGUGAUGCUCUACGGCCACAGCGCGGACGUUAGGGCGCUGGCGGUGCACCCGAGGCACAGCCACGUCGUCGCCACCGGCGCCGAAUCCGGCAGGGUCUACCUGUGGAACUGCAACGGACGCGUGCUCAAGGCCAAGUGCAACACACACCACCCCGUCGUCGGCUUGGGGUUCAGCCCCGACGGCAAGCACCUCGCGGUUGGUUGCAAGGAUGGCACGCUUCUCGUCCUAAACUACGAUAACAUGCUCUCCGGCGAGUUCAACCAGGUGGUGAAGCGAGCGGAUAAGUCCCGGUGCGAAUUUCACCACUGCAACGAGGCCAUAGACGAGGUAAAGUACUCGCCCGACGGCAAACUCCUCGCCGCGGGGUCUCACGACAACUUCAUCGACAUCUACGACGUGACGGGCGACGCGGUGCCCGGCCGAAGCACGGGCGUCGCGUAUCAUCGGCUGCACCGGUUGAGGGGCCACUCGUCGUACGUCACCCACCUUGAUUGGUCGGCGUUCGACCCAAAGUUUCCGGAUCGGCGGAUCCUCCAAUCCACCUGCGGCGCGUACGAACUGCUUUACUACGACGGCAACACCGGCACGCAGGUGAGAAACGCGAUGCGGGACGAGCGGUGGGACACGCAGACGUGCACGCUCGGUUUCAGCGUGAUGGGCAUCUGGCCGAGGGGGAUCAAGGGGGAGUCAGUCGACGGCACGGACGUCAACGCGUGCGACCGAGGGCCCGCGCCCGACGGCGAAGGCGAGAUUCUAGCCACCGUGGGGGACUCCGGCAAGGUGAAGCUGUUCAACUGGCCGUGCGUGGUGGAGAACGCGCCGUACAGGCGCAUGGAGUGGAGCGGGGAUCAAAACGCGGGACCCAGGGAUAAACCAAAGGGUAAACCGGUUGGAUACGUCGGCCACUCCUCGCACGUGGUCAACGUUCGUUUCGCGAACAGCGGAAGGAACCUGAUCUCCGUGGGCGGCCACGAUAGGAGCGUGUUUCAGUGGCGGGUCGAUUCCGAGGCGAAGGAGCAGAAAGGCGUGGCGAAGCGGCGGGUGGAGCCCAAGCCCUACAUCAUGGACGAUCUCACGCCAAAGCUGGCGAUGACCCGCGUGCCGGACACAUCCGCGGAGGAAGAGAACGCGCUCAAUAAGUCGAACAAGUCCGAUAAGGCGGAACAGUGCGACUACAUCGUAACCGUGGUUACCGGCGACGCCAAGGGAGCGUCGACCGGCGCCACCGUUGUGUUCUCCGCGGCUGGCGUGGACAAGGAUGGAAAGACCACCGUUAUCCGUGAGCAAAGAUUGGACAACUCCCCAGAGAAUUUCUCGCGCGGUGCUAAGGACGUGUUCAGGCUCCGAGCGGCGGAUCUCGGCAAGCUCACGCACUGCCGCAUAGGUCACAACAACGCGGGGGAGAACCCGGGGUGGCUGCUGCAGUCGGUGAAGGUGAUGAACGUCACCAAGGGUUGGGAACACACGCUGUUCCCCCAGAACCUCUGGCUUGACCGCAAUCGUGGGGGUGAGACGACGGUUACGCUCUACACCAGCAGAGAGGACGCCGAGCAGGCCGCGGGAGCCGCACUCAGCAAUAAGCGGUACAUCGUUACGAUCACAACCGCGGACGUCAAGGGAUCAGGGACCGAUUCUAACGUGUGGAUCGACCUCGUCGGCGUCAGUGGCAAAUCAACCGGGGCGAUCAAACUCGACAACUCUGCCAAUAAUUUUGAGAGGAACAGAGUUGACAGGUUCGAGAUUGAGGCCCAAGGCAUGGGGACGAGCAUCGCGCGCGCGCGCAUCGGGCAUGACAACUCUGGUUUUGGCGCAUCGUGGUGCCUCGGUGAGGUGGCCGUCAGGUGCUUGGAAAGCGGCAACGAGACUGUCUUUGACAUUCCAUUUGAGGGGAUCUGGCUUGAGGAUGGCGGCGCGCAUGGCACGGCGGUGGACAUCUUCCCGCUCGGACCCGACGGGAAGCCCACGAUGAAAUCGAUCAACUACAAGAUCGAGGUUAUCACCAGUGACAUCAAGUUCGCGGGCACCGACGCUAACGUCAGCAUAGACAUUGUCGGCUCAAAGGGCACCAGCGGCAAGCGCAGGUUGGAUAACAGCCGGAAUAACUUUGAGCGCGGGAUGCGGGACGUGUUCUUCAUCGAGAUGCCGGACCUCGGCGACCUCACUGCGAUCAACAUCGGCCACGACAACAGCAGUAUCGGUGCGGCGUGGCACCUGGACAAGGUCAUCAUCUCCGACGAGGCCAAGCCCGGGAAGGCGUACGUGUUCCCGGCUGGACCCAAGGGCCAGCCCGGCGGUAGAUGGCUCGAGGAUGGCCUAUGCACAGUCACCCUCACGCCCAUGGACGAACAGGGCGGCGUUCUCUACAGCGUCACGGUGCAAACAUCGGACGUCAUGUUUGCCGGCACGGAUGCCAAUGUGAGCAUCACGCUCAUCGGGGAGAAGGACGGAAAGCCGACCAAGUCUGUGCCCAACGUCAAGCUCAACAACAGCAAGAACAAUUUUGAACGCGGCGCGCUUGAGGUUUUCGAUGUCGGGCCUUUCCCCGACCUCGGGAAGCUUACCGCGAUCGAGAUUGGCCACGACGGGACCGGCAUGGGCAGCGGAUGGCACUGCGCGUACGUUGAGGUUGUCGCGGUGACGCGCCCGGACGAGCGCUUCUUCUUCCCGAUCGAUUCGUGGUUCGAUGUGAAAGAACCCCCGCAGAAGACCAGGCAGAUGAUCAAGGUUGGGGUCAAUGAUCCAAACUCAAACAAGACCACCUACAAGAUUGAUAUCCACACCUCCGACAUGGACAACGCCGGGACGGAUGCCAACGUUCACUUGAUAGUUUUCGGCGACAAGGGUGACACGGGCAAGCUCAUGAUGGACACAUCUGUGGACAACUUCCAGCGUGCGAGCAAGGAUACGUUCAGCAAGACUGGGGUGAAAAACGUGGGCAGGAUUUCUCACAUCGUGGUCGGCCACGACGAGGCAAACUUGGGUCCCAGCUGGCACGUGCAACAGAUCACCGUGUUCAACCUGGCAACCGGGGAGACCGUGACCUUCAACGCGGACUGUUGGAUAGCCAAGGACAAGGCUCCGCACUACAGCAGCGAGAUCACGCUUUCACCUGUGGGUGCCGAUCCGAUUAAGCAGUGUCAGUAUCAAGUCACGGUCCGAACAUCAGACGUGCGCUGGGCGGGCACGGACGCCACGGUGUCUUGCCGCAUCGUCGGCGACAAGGGUAAGACUGGGAUGAAGGAGCUGGAAAACGGAAGCUUCGAUCGAAACUCUGAGGAUGUCUUCACGUUCAGGAGCAUCGACGUUGGUACAAUCACCGGCUUUGAGAUUGGCCACGGGGGUGGCGGCGCUGGCUCUGACUGGCACCUCUCCAACGUAAAGGUUGCCAACAUCGACAGACCGGAAGCCAACCCCGUGUUCUUCUUCCACGACGACUGGUGCAAAGAGGACGUGUACGUCAACCUCAAGCCCGAAACCUCCGGCGGUGCCACCUGCAGGUACAACAUCGCUGUGCACACGUCUGACAAGAGGUUCGCAGGCACCGAUUCGACGGUGACCUGCAGGCUCAUCGGCGACAAGGGCGAGUCCAAGAUGUUGACGCUGGAGAACUCCGCCAACAACUUCGAACGCGCGAGGAUCGACGAGUUCGUCGUGCAGACCGAGAACAUCGGUAAGCUCAAGGGCUUAGACAUCGGCAUUGACGGUAAGGGCAUGGGAGCGUCGUGGCACCUCAACAUGGUGUCUGUCGCCAACCUUGGCGACGGCCAAAAGAUUUUCUUCCAUCAUGACAACUGGCUUGAUGACAAAAACUUGAGGGUCACUCUUAAGCCAGCCGCUCCCAGCGACGCGUCGAUCCACAACUACGUCGUUCAGGUGGUCACCUCGGAUCUCCGCGGCGGUGGGUGCGACGCCAACGUCUCGCUCGUCAUCUUUGGUGACAAGGGCGACAGCGGCGAGCUGGCGUUGGACAACUCGGUGAAUAAUUUUGAACGCGGCGCCAAGGAUGUCUUCCACCUCCAGGCCAAAGACGUCGGUAAAAUCGAGCGCAUCCGCAUCGGACAUGACGACACCGGCAGCCUCUUUGGCCCUGCGUCGUGGCACUGCGCGUCGGUGGAGAUCACCAAUACCACCACCGGCGCCAGGCAGGCGUUUAGCGUCAACCGAUGGUUCAGCAAGGCCAAAGCCCCGAACCAAAUCUCGCAAGUUGUCCACCCCGGUGACGGUGAUCACAAGGCCUUUGGUUACGUCGUCACGGUUCACACCUCGGAUACACGCGGCGCGGGAACUGACGCAAAUGUCAAGCUCGCGCUCAGGGGCAAGCUCGACGGCAAAACGACGGCGAUGGGUCCGCUACCGUUGGAGUCGUCAGAGGAUGACUUUAAACGCGGUGCCGUGGACCUCUUCCGGGUGCAGGGACCUCGGAUGGGCGAGAUCACCGAGGCUGUGCUAGAACACGACGGUGCCGGUAUGCUGGGUGGGUCCGACUGGAACUGCAAGAUGGUUGAGGUGCUGGACGAGGCAACCAAGCAGAAGACCGUGUUUUGGUGUGACCAGCUCGUGAAGAAGGACAUCCCCGUGAAACUUGCCGCAGGCGGUGCCGCCGCCGUCAACGACCGUCACAGAUACAAGAUCACGGUUCACACCGCGGACGAACGCGGCGCGGGUUCCGACGCCAACGUAUACAUAAUCGUCUAUGGAGAGAACGGCGACACGGGCAAGAGGGAUCUCGACACGAGCGCUGAUAACUUCCAGCGCGGCAAGUCUGACAUCUUUGUCAUUGAGGCUCCGUUCCUGGGUGAAAUUCGCAGGGUGGUCAUUGGUCACGAUAACUCGGGAUUUGGCCCGGGCUGGAAGCUCGAUGACGUCAUCGUCGAGGACAUCAACGCCGCAUCCGACGCGCCAGACUGGCACAAAAAGCGUUUCUUCACCGCGGACUGCUGGCUCGACGAGAAGGUCGCGCCCUACCAGACCGAAUGCGAGCUUCUCCCGGCUUCAGGUGGCCAGCGGAUGAAGAAACAGCUCGUCAAAUAUUUUGUCACGGUUCACACCUCUGACAUCAGCCACGCCGGGACUGACGCUGAUGUGCUCGUGGAGCUCAAGGGACCCAACGGAACGAUGGGCUGGACCGCACUGCCGGAGCAGCGCGGCGAUCCCUUCGGCCGCGGUAAAGUUUCCGAGUUUACGAUCGAGGGCACCGACGUUGGUGAGCAGAUUGAUAAAUGCUCCGUCAAGACCGAGGGGAAAAAGUGGCACUGCGCGCUCAUCGAGGUUCGCCACGAGCGCACAGGAGAGACAUUCAUGUUCCCGUGCGAUGAGUGGAUCUCGGAGGACGCCGCGAAGGAACGCGUACUUCUCGCGGGCGUCGGCGUCGAGGGAGCCGCAAAGAAGGUCGCGAAGGGUCAGCGCAAGUAUGUCGUCACCACUGUCACAUCCUCCGACUCGUACUCGGGCACCAAGGCUGACGUCUUCAUCAAGGUCAAGGGCCCCAAGGGUGAGUUCACGCAAACGCUCGAAGACAAGACCAUGUUCGGCGCUCGGUUCGAGGAGGGCAAGGAGGAUGCCUUCACGUUCGACGCCGCCGACGUCGCCGACGUGGACCCCAAGGACAAGUCCUGGCUGAUCGAGGAGGUAACGCUGGGAGUUUCCGGCGGUGGCAUGAUGGCCAGCAUGAUGGGCAGCGACUGGAAGUUGUACACGGUCACCAUCCAAGACGUCGCCACGGGCGCGGAUCUCACGCUCGUCUGCGACGAUUGGGUGAAGGACGACGCGCCGCAGGUGUGGCGCCGCGCGGAUGGCGACAAGAAAACCGGCCUGAGGGUGGCCUCCGCCUCUGGCGACGAGGGUGAGUUCAAGUACCGAGUCGAGAUUGUCACCGGGUCCAAGCGCAACUCCGGAACCGACAGCCGGGUCAGCAUCGCGUUGAAGGGCGACAAGAAGCCCGCCGAGUGGUGGACUCCGACGCUGUUACAGACGGAAGGGUCCUUCGAGACCGGCGCCACGGACACGUUCAUGCUGUCCCGCGGAGAGGACCUCGGCACCAUCACGGGGAUUAAGUUGUCGCACAAGUCUGGCGGAAUGUUCGGUGAUAAAUGGUACUGCGACAAGGUUCGCGUGUUCCCCAUCACCACCGGGAGGCAGUGGGUGUUCGAAGUCAACGACUGGGUCAAUGACGACGGCAUCGAGCUCGGCGCUCCGACGCUCGCAACCGCCGGCUACGAGAAAAAGGCUGAGCGCGCGGCGAAGGCUGUCGAGUGCUCAAAGGUUGGUGAGUUUAUUCCCACCGACGGCGAGUUCAAGUUGUCGUUCUACACCGGCGCAAAGAGCGGCAGUGGCACGGACGCCGUCGUGUCGGCCCAGCUCGUGGGCGUCAAAGGUAAGUCCGGUGAUAUGGACAUGGACCAGUCACCGGAGCUUUUCGACAGCAAGAGCGUGGAUUCGUUCACCCGCGUGGUGGAGGAUGACCUUGGAGAUUUGACCGAGAUCAACGUCUGGCAUGAUGGGUCUGGUGGAGGUCUGUUUGGCGGCGCCGAUUGGUUCAUGGAUAAGGUUGUCGUGGAGCAUGCGUUGACGGAGAGGACUUGGGAGGCGACACACGGUGACUGGAUCAAGGGCCCUCGCGCCAAGGGCGUGUCACUGAAGCUCGCUCCGGUGAAGACGGGGAUCACGCUCGAGGGUCUCGAGAAGAAGGCGGCUGACUUUGGGGCGAGCGCGGCUAAGGGGAAGGCUCUCGAGGGCGAAUCACCCGCUCCAGCUCCAGCUCCUGCGCCGGCUCCUGCGCCAGCGCCAGCUGUUCCAGCUGAAGCGCCGGCUCCUGCGCCGGCCCCUGCUCCUGCCCCAGCUGUUCCAGCUGAAGCGCCGGCCCCUACUCCUGCUCCUGUUCCCGCUCCCGCCGCCGCGGAGGCGGACCCGGUCCACUCCCUCGUCGCCGGCGCCAUCGAAAAGGCCGUCUCCCCAAAGAAGACCCAAGUCGAGGUGCCUCCCGUCGAGGCGGUCGCACCCACCGAGCCAACGGGUUCCGAGAUCACCCCCAAGGUCGCGGACGAGCCCGGCUCGCCAGCCCCGACGUCCCCCAUGGAGACGUCAUUCACGACGCAGACGCUAAAGGAGGAUCUCGAGGCAUCGGCGAAAAAGGCGGAAAAGGUCCAGGCGGAGACGGACGAAUUCGCCAAGAUCGAGGCCGAGAUCGCGAAGUCCUCACCCCCUGAGGAGGCGCCCAAGGAGGCGGCCGCGAAGGCGCCGGCGUCCACGAUCACGACGACGAGCGAAGCGACGGAAACCACGGCCGCCUCCACCGCCGCCGACAUCCCCGCCGCGCCGCAGACGCCAAAGACGUUAAACCCGGCGGGUCAAAACUACGACAUCGCGAUCGACCAGAGCAGCAGCUUCAACGACCCGAUCCAAUUUCCGAUCGCCGUUCGCGUCGUCGGUAAGCUCGGCGAGGUUGUCGCGCACGUUCCGCCAAACUCGACGGCGGUGGAGGGUUUCACCAAGUUGAAGGCGAAAUCCGAGCAGGUCAUCGGCGACGUGACUCAGGUUCGCAUAUCCGUCGUGGGCGGUCCGCUGUCUCCGCUCACGCCGUUCCACGUCGACGCGGUGACCGUCACGCACGUCGCUGAGGAUGGCGAGUCCUGGACGGUCAAUGUCGGAGCGCAGAUCGAUCAGUUCCACGGCGAGUUGCGGGCUGGUAUCAAGGCGAGCAAGGAGAUGCCGUGCGAGGAGUGGCAGGAGGCCACCGUGAAGGACAAAAAGACGGGCAAGUCGAAGAUGUACUGGUACAGCGCGGAGCGUAAGAAGUCGGAAUGGAAGGAACCCGCGAAGUACUUCCCCGUCAAGUUCAAGAAGGCCAAGUAGACGGCCGCUGCAGUGUACAGUAGUUCGAGCAAUCUCUCGAUAGAUGAUCAAUAUUUAGAAAAAAUAGUCCCCUUUC